UUUGAUUGGCAAGGCCGGGGUGAGGGCGUACGAUCUUAUAAAGGAUUUGGUUUCCAGCGUACACUCUUGGAGGUUUAAAGAACCUGAAGAACUGCUAAGCCUUCGAACGAACCGGUCGGUUUCCAUCUCCACCGAAAAAUCCCUUCUCUCCAAAAAGUUCGACCACCACGGCGCGAACUUCUGUAUAGCUGCAGCAGGGCGGCGUAUUUCGACUCUCAAUCCUCUGGUCGCCAAACGGCCGGCUGAUCAUUUUAGGAGCCACGCGGAUUGGGUCACUUGCCCCCAUAGAAUCGACUCAGCACGCAUCGACGUAUCGUGCGUUUGUUUAUGGUAAAGUCAACUCAGACGUGGGUCACUGAAGCAGGAUGCGCUUUUUGUGUGCACUAGGGAUACUAAGCCCAUUGGUCAGCCUUUGCCUUGGUGCUGCUUUUUCCAGCAGUUCAGGACAAUGCUCAGAGGAAUGCAUUCAAUAUAUUUUGAGUGAUGCCUCUGGACCUAAAAUUCUUCGCCUGUAUAAAGAAUUACUCAAACAAGAUACGGGAUCGUUGAGUUCUGUAGAUGUGAACGGACAAACUUAUGAGGUCUCCCCAACUAAAAAGAAUCUUAUCCAGAAUGCUAUCCGCAAGGGGGUCCGGGAAAGCGUCAUUGAAGGUAUUCUGGACGACGCAGCCAUAGUUCCAGUAGGUCCGUCGUCUUCUUUAACUCCAAUCUCAUCCAGGCAGACAACUCAGCAAACAAUAGAGAGACCAUUCCGACCUGAACCUGUUCGUGAACGACGCCCAGGCUUAGAAACUUCACAAGGUCAAUAUCGAAUUUACACCCGAAGAAAUGGAGAUAUCAACAUUGAACUUAAUGGGCAGACAUUGAAGGUGCCCGAUGACCUCACACGCCUGCCACAUAUUGUUGACCAGGACACCCUCAUUGAUAUCGUCCGCCAGCUUCGGGAGCUAGGCGUCCCUAUUAACCACGAAGGCAAUAAAGUAACCGUCGGAAGCCCCACAAGUCCUCAAGAUCUAAGACUGCGCGUCUCAAUCAAAAAGAUUGAUGACAAACCAAGCAGUGUCACUAUCACGGCCAACAAUGACAAGUACGUACUUCCUGGUGACGAGUAUAGCCUUAACCGCUACUUAGGUCGUGAGCCGGAAGUCGCCUAUCAUAUUUUGCGCAUCCUGAGUGCUCACGGAGUACCUGUCGAGUAUGAUGCCCAAACGAAGACGCUUAAAACAACGCUUACCUCCGAAGAUGACUACAUCACUUCACGAACUUCUAGUCCUAACCGAGGUGGCAGUAUUACAAGCCCAAGUGGCGGCCUAGUCAGACCUACCGCAUCUUCCCCUAAGGUCGUUCGCAUAGGAUCCCUAUCCUACUACCUACCUGAGGAUUGGGAUCGACUUAGAGAAGACCUACAGGAUGGUCGCAUCUCAGCUACGAGUGUCAUGGACAUCCUAGACAUGGAGCACAUUGCAGCACCGGGCGAUAUUGUAUCUAUCAUACGCACGCGUAUCAGUACAUCGGUUGGAAAGGUGAGGGUGAUGCGUUACGGAGAUAAUGUUACAGUCGAAUUAGGGUCGCAGACUUUCAAAUUACCGAAAGACGAUCGUGAAUUAGAGAAGGCAUUACGGGAAAAUGAGUUCCCAAUUGAACUGAUACGCGAUUCACUCCUGCGCAUUGGUAUUGACACCCGACGCGUGGGAAGCACAGGUUUACGUGUAUUAUUGCCUGGUGGAGAAGCCUAUCUUAGUGGAUUACCAGUGACUAAACAAUACCAAUACAAAAUUGAGCCGGGCGUUGGUACGGUUAAAAUAAUCGUUGAUUCAGAUACGUAUAACCUUCCCUCGGAUACCAGAACCCUUGAGCGCGCUAUUGCAGAAAAGAAGAUCCUUCCUCGUACCUUGGUAGAUGCCUUUAAUGCGAUAGGCAUUUCUUCUGAAAUGGACAUCAAUCAACAACAAAUGACGGUCAAUCUUUCAUCAGGCACUAUUAAAAUUCCAGUCCCGCUUAACGUUCAUCAGCAAAAGGUUGGUUCCCGUUUGCGGCUCAACGUGCGUGGUCCUGAAGGGAAUAAAGUCUAUACGCUGACUAUCGGUGAUUCAAGGGACGACAAAGUCGAGCUGCCCAUUGACGUCCAUGUGUUAAAUAGCUACAUUCGAACUGGGAAGGUGGAUAGCAACUUACUGAUGCAACUGCUAGGUCGUAUGGGGGUGGCUCACUAUCUAGAUUCCGCGAACAACGUACACGUCGUUACUCUUAACGGGAAGCCUUAUGAGAUCCAGAGCUCGCCCGUGUAAAUAAAUUUUUUUGACUUCGAUUAGGACCGUCGUCUCGGAGCGAUCAUUUGGUACAUGGUGGCUACAUUAAAUUGUUGAUACAUUACCUAAUAUAUCAUUCGUGGCACACUUUUCUGUCAACAUCCAAUUCGGUCGACCAGUUCUGCAAUACGUCAAAUCCAAAACCCGUUCCGCAUGUUGAAUCGUCGAUAUCAUUUGAUGGCAUUUACCCAGCGGCGGCUUUAUUAUCCAUGAUUCAAACGAUGCCAGUUGCGCCAUCUGCAGUUCGGAACGGUAGCUGCAGCUGCUCGUAGCGACAGCUGAGGCACUUCAGAGGAAUAGAAACUCUGUCGAUCCAACGACAAUAAACACUUUUGAUGGUGGACCACACGACAUCAAAUGCGUAGGACACUGUUGUAAAUGUCAAGAAAUAAAUCUACAAUGUGUAAACAAAA